AGUGUGUUAGUAAUCCAGUUCGCGUUUGUUGCCCGUGAAGGAUGCCUUCUGCCAACCCUAAACUUGAGAAACAGGCCUCUACGGAGGCCUUCGAUCCUAUUCGCCAGGCGAUUAUUGUAAUCGAGCACAAGAUCCGAAAUCUCGAGAAGCGCAAGGGGAAAUUAGAAUCCUACAAGGAUCUGCAGAAAGGCGGCGGAGAGCUGAAUGCAGAUCAGAAACAGGCAGUGGCAAAAUAUGACGAGGUUAUACAAACGCUGGACAUUACGCGGGACUUGCUCAAGUCAGUACAACAAAUCGCAAACGAUGCACUCAAGCAGCAGAAAAAGCUCGCUCGGAAGGAGGCGCUCGAGCGAAUGCAACAGGACAUUGUCAAGGUACGAGAAGUAUUACUCAUUCAGGACACGUUGAUGAACAUGGGCGCGGAUUUGGUACGUGAUGACUUUCUUGCUGGUGCGAACGGAGCUGUUAAAUUGACGGAUGAGGACCUGAAAUCCCUGGAUAAUUUGUACAAUGAAGUGACGAUCACUCAUAGGCGAGAUGAUAGCAGCAUGACCCCGGCGAGUCAGCAGGCACAUAAAAUUGCUGAGCACUAUGUCGCAAUUAUCGAGGGCAAGCAGCGAGAAUUCGAACCUGGAACAUCGUACAAUAAACUUAAGGAAACCAUUACAUCUAUCACACAGUGCGGCUAUUUCGACCAGGCUCAAGAAUCUGAGGUUGUAAAAACAGAAGUCGUCGAGGUAGUUGCUGAGGUUCCGGCUCUGGAAGUAGCGGCAUCGGAACCGGCAAACGACGAUUUUAACUCUGGAGACAGACACAUUCCACCACCCGCCGAUCCAACUAUCCCUAUUCCUACUUACGUUCAAAUCAAUCCCCAUCCCGUUGUCUCGGGCACCGCUCCAGUUUCCGGACAGAUUCCCGUUGUCGGCCAACCCCUUCCUCCUCAUCCGGCAGCUGCUGUAGACUCGUCUUAUUACACGAACGCUGGAAAUUUCGUCCCGCCACCUCAGGUUCAGCAGCAGCAACAACAACAACAACAGCAGCAGCAGCAACAGCAGCCGCCACCAGCUCCACAGCAAACGCAAGCGCCUAGGAUUAACGAUGUGAUCGGCACGCCAAACUUCUUUUUCCUCCAGGACUCUGAGCUAGAUUCGCCCGACGUGAACGCACAAGCCCCAAUCGUUACUCACAUUCCUCCCGCCGUCAAUGCACCCAUUCCAACUCAAACAUUUACGAAUCAGAACUUUAACACUGCGUCUGUGGUACCGCAGGCUGUGCUGUACCAACAUCAGCCACCACCGCCGGACAUGUCACACAUUCCGGGUUUCGCGAAUCCAAACCCCCCUCCUCCAAUUCCUAUGCCACCAUCUCACCAGCAGCCAAAUUUGCAAUACAGUCCACAGCAUCCGGCUGGAUAUCAGCAACCGCCUCAGGGACUUUCCCAACUUUCGCAGCCACAGGUCUACGAUCAACACCAGCAGGAAAAUCAAAUUCAAAUCAACGAGAACAAAAAUGAUCAAAGUCAAGGGGAGCCAGCUUCCGGAGAUGGUGAACUUGGACAGCAAAAUGAACCUGUUGAUUGGGGACAGAUGUCUGAAGGUGCUGGUGAUUGGAAUCAGCCUGAUCAGUCGCAAGACUCUUCACAGGACCAGCAGCAAUCAACUCAACAGGCUUGGGGUGAUCAGCAGCGAAGCGGUUACAGAGGAAGAGGAGGCAGACGUGGCAACAGUAAUGGUUAUAACGGACGAGGAAGGAUUUCUGGAGGCGGCGGCGGUGGUGGAGGAGGUUACCAACAAAAUGGACGUAGCAGUAGUGGUGGUGGCCAAGGAUCGUAUUAUCGAAACGAGAGCAGCAACUAUCAGCAGAACGGUUAUCACCAACGGAACAAUUGGAACGAAGGAAAUGGCGGAACCGGUGGAAGUGGUGGCUACAAUAGCGGCUUCAAGAGGGGAGCAGGCGGUCCGAGGGGUGGUUCCAGGGGUGGUGAGCGUGGUGCGGACAGAGGAGGUCGUGGACAAUUCCGUGGAAAUCAGAGGGGCAACAAUCGCGGCGGUUAUUCGAAUCGUGGCAAGCCCCAGACACAGCAGUAAUUUACGUUCGCUAAUAAGGACGCAUGCGUUUACUUUCAAUCCUAUUUCUGAAAAGUCACAAGUCUAUAAGCUGUGUGUUUGUAAAGAAUACGAAAAGCUAUAUAAAAAAAAAUACAAAAAACAAACAAAA